AUGGGCCAAGACACAGCCUCCAAAGAUACAGGCACGAACGCGGCGCCUGUAUCGAACGAAGUGGUCGAAGAAGUCGACAUCCAGCAAGGCGACAAAACUGCGCUGCCUUCAGGAACCUUUGAUCCCGUGUACGAGGCCAAAGCACGCGAACUCAACAAGGCCAUUCAAGCUAUUGGCAUGGGCAGGUACCAGUGGCAGUUGUUCGUCGUUAUCGGCUUUGGCUGGGCUAGUGACAAUCUCUGGCCCAUUGUUACCUCUUUGAUUCUUACGGCUGUCGGGAAUGAAUUCAGGCCUAGUUACAAUGCAUACCUCUCUCUGUCACAGAACAUCGGGCUGUUGAUCGGUGCAAUUUUCUGGGGUUUCGGCUGUGAUCUGUUUGGUAGGAAAUGGGCAUUCAAUUUGACUAUCGGUAUUACUGGAGUGUUUGGCCUUAUUGCUGCAGGAUCACCCAACUUCGCAGCUAUCUGUGUCUUCGCGGCGCUAUGGUCGAUCGGUGUGGGUGGAAACUUGCCUGUUGACUCGGCCAUUUUUCUCGAAUUCCUGCCGGCGUCGCAUCAAUACUUGCUGACUGUUCUGUCAAUCGAUUGGGCAUUUGCGCAACUUGUGGCUUCCCUGAUCGCAUGGCCGUUACUGGGCGAUUAUACCUGUCAACAAACAGACAAACACUGCACACGCAGUAAGAAUAUGGGUUGGCGGUAUUUCAUGAUCACCAUGGGCGGCCUGUCGAUGAUCAUGUUUGUCAUUCGAUUCGUCUUUUUCACGAUUUUCGAGUCCCCGAAAUAUCUCAUGUCACGUGGGAAGGAUGCAGAGGCCGUCGCUGUGGUGCACGAAGUUGCACGACGGAAUGGAAAGACGUCUGAUCUGACGGUAGAAGACUUGACGCAGUACAAUGUACUCGCCGAUGGGAGAGAGGAUGGCAUCCGAGCACAGCAGAUAUCUGCCGUGGCGGCGUUGGAACGAAAUCUGGAAAAGGUCAGCUUCUCGCAUAUCCGCUCGCUCUUUUCCACGGUGCGGUUGGGAAUAUCUACCUCGAUGGUGACGGCAAUCUGGGCUUUUAUUGGUCUUGGUUAUCCACUAUACAACGCCUUCCUGCCGUACAUUCAAGCAACUCGAGGAGCUGACUUUGGCGAUGGAUCAACCUACAUCACCUAUCGAAAUGAAGUCAUCAUAUCUGUCUUGGGCAUUCCCGGUUGUUUACUAGGAGGAUUGCUAGUCGAACUGCCCCGGUUCGGCCGCAAAGGUGCACUGGCUCUCUCCACAGCCCUAACUGGCGUUUUCCUCUACGCAUCCACGACCGCAACAACCUCCGACGCCCUUCUCGGCUGGAACUGCGCCUACAAUUUCGUGAGUAACAUCAUGUACGCCGUUCUCUACGCCUAUACACCAGAGGUCUUCCCCACCAAAGACCGCGGCACGGGUAACGCCAUUGCGGCGUCCGCGAAUCGUAUUUUUGGGGUUAUGUCGCCGAUUAUCGCCAUGUUUGCGAAUUUGAACAGCGCGGCGCCAGUGUACGUUAGUGGCGCGUUGUUCAUUGCGGCGGGAUUGUUGGCAUUGUUGCUGCCAUUUGAGUCGCGGGGCAAAGCCAGUCUAUGA